CGGCUGUGCAUCCCGGGGCCGUGACCAAUUACACGAGCUCGUAGUAGAUUCGUUGUACUAACCCAUAGGGCUACAACACAGUCUACUAGGUUAAGCGAUUUUACUCCACUGCCUAAAAGUUGCCUCCGCUGGCGGUUUUGCUCGUCCCCGGGUGUAUCUGUAGUUGGUCGCAGUCUUUGAUGGCCUUUUCAGGUGACGAAUUUAGAUACAUCAAUCGAACAUCCGUGGAAGGGAAACUCGACGCAUCGAACCCAAUCAGCGUGUACCAUGAAACGGGAGUGUGUGUGUAUGUGUGUGUGAACGCGCAUUUGGCAAUUUUCUUGAAUCUGCCAACCUACGGCAUUCGCACACAAUUUUCCCUCUUCGGUGCUGCUCUCCGAUUCUCUCUCUCUCUCUCUCUCUCUCUCUCUCUCUCUCUAUCUCUCUCUAGAAAAUAAAGGUAAUUUUUCAGAAGAAAUCCUUCUCCGGAAGAGAGAAUUUGCGUUGCUAGGGCUCUCUCUCUCCCUGCUGCUGUUGCUUCACCCGUCUGCGGCUCAGAUAUUAUGAGCCGACCCGACUUGUUCAGCAUCUCGGUGGCAACUAAGUGGAGUGGAAAGGGUAGAACGCAUUUUUAUACUUCUACUUCGCUAUUACUUCCCCUAUUUUCACGAUCGUCGACGACCAGUUCUGCUGCGGCGGUUUUCCCCUCAAAAGCUAUUCUGCCAAUACUGAAAAUUUUAUAGAAAAUUGCUGAAGGUUUUCCGUAUCGAAUGGUCCAAAAAUUAUGUAAUUCCAAUGUGUCUGGAUAAAGAUUUUACCGUUUGAAAUAACGUUCCUCGAAAUGCCAAAACAAAAAUCUAUAAAUAUAGGUCGAUUUGUCAUUUUCGCAAUUAUUUCACUCUCGACUUUCAACGAGGAAGGGACGACGCGUCAGCAAAUGAGGAAAGGUGAAGGCGAGAAACAGACACGGUAGUCUCGAGCUGGGCCGCAGUUCCCGGUCGGACGAGUCAACCAAACCGGGAAUACCUGACGGCGGAGAUGCUUGAGCUGAGGAUAAAGUUGAAGCGUUCAACGUCGUUUCGAUGGGGCUUUUUCUGAGCCAGUGUUUUUUGAAGGCUGUUGCCAGCAAUCGGCGACGGCUCCAAAUUUUCGAAAAAGUUAUUCUGACUUGUGCAUUUUUGCAGCAGGCGAUUUUUCCCUCUCCGUGCUCACACACACACACACACACACACACACACACACACACAAGCGCGUAUGACAUUCUACCACACAGAAACAGUGGUUUUAUGCUAACUCUGUGGUGAAAUGAUUUUUAUUCGAUCUUUUUUUAAAUUUUUAGGGAACAUUCUUAGAGGGAAAUUUUGAAGGAACAACUCUUUCGUGAGAUAUUUGGUGGCCCUGAAAAGGGCCGUUUGUUUAGUGCUUCAUUCGGGCCGCUUCUCCGGUCAACGUUGAGGAAGAUGUCCAUAGCUUUGGUCUGGGUCAACCUGCAUCAGCACCACGUUCCUAAGUGCUACUUGCGGCGGGGCUUUUGCUUCUUGUCCGUUACACUUGCGAUGGUGGAGGAGCUGCUCUUCUUCUUUCCCGAUGGUCUGCAGUGGCGAUUCGUUCCGAAGUUCCGAUCCUUCAGGGUGAUGGCGGCCAGAUUCGUUUCGUCAACCAGCGGACGGGCCGCGGGCUUGGCCGGUUUCCUCUCUUUUCGGAACCUUGGCCUGUGGUUUGCUUCUCCUGCGGUGCAGCGGUUGUUCUUCGUUGUUUGUCCGUUGGGCUGCCUAGGGAAAUUUUCGCCUUCUGCGCCCUCUUCUGCUGCAGCUGAUGUGGCCUCGACGACGAUCCAAAAAUUAUGAGCUGAAGUGGGGCGCAGCAGGCUGAGAUUUUUGGACUGCACGCGCUUACACUCACACACACAUAUGUAAUCGCUCGUAAAUUUCGAGGUGAUUCUGAUUCCGAGGCUGGAUUUAAUUUCAUUUCCGUUUUGCGUAACCGUGCAGCAACAUCACAGAAGAGCAGCUACAUUUUGAUACCUUUAUUGCCCCAACUCUUAUGGUUCCGCCAAUUUCAAAUUUCAUGUCCAGUAUCAAAAACCCUGAAGUUUGAUACUUAUAUUGCCCCAACUCUUAUGGUUCCGCAAAUGUCCCCUUAUCGGAACAUCCCCGGGGCCUCCGGCCACUCCAGGUGGUGGCCACUACUGUCAAAAUGUCAAAUUGCAUGUCCUCAGCAAUCCUUAUUGUUUGAUACCCAUAUUCCCCCAACUUUUAUGGUUCCGCAAAUGUCCCCCUAUCGGAACACCCCCGGGGCCUCCGGCCACUCCAGGUGGUGGCCACUAUUGCCGAAAUGUCAAAUUUCAUGUCCAGUAUCCAAAUCCCUUAAGUUUGAUACCCAUAUUGCCCCAACUCUUAUGGUUCCGCAAAUGUCCCCUUAUCGGAACAUCCCAGGGGCCUCCGGCCACUCCCGGUUAUGGCCACUACUGCCAAAAUGUCAAAUUUCAUGUCCAAUAUCAAAAUCCCUAAAGUUUGAUACCCAUAUUCCCCCAAAUUUUAUGGUUCCGCAAAUGUCCCCCUAUCGGAACACCCCUGAGGCCUCCGGCCACUCCAGGUGGUGGCCACUACUGCCGAAAUGUCAAAUUUCAUGUCCAGUAUCCAAAUCCCUUAAGUUUGAUACCCAUAUUGCCCCAACUCUUAUGGUUCCGCAAAUGUCCCCUUAUCGGAACAUCCCAGGGGCCUCCAGCCACGCCCGGUUAUGGCCACUACUGCCAAAAUGUCAAAUUUCAUGUCCAGUAUCCAAAUCCCUUAAGUUUGAUACCCAUAUUCCCCCAAAUUUUAUGGUUCCGCAAAUGUCUCCCUAUCGGAACACCCCCGGGGCCUCCAGCCACUCCAGGUGGUGGCCACUAUUGCCGAAAUGUCAAAUUUCAUGUCCAGUAUCAAAAACGCUAAAGUUUGAUACCCAUAUUCCCCCAAAUUUUAUGGUUCCGCAAAUGUCCCCCUAUCGGAACACCCCCGGGCCUCCGGCCACUCCAGGUGGUGGCCACUACUGCCGAAAUGUAAAAUUUCAUGUCCAGUAUCAAAAACCCUAAAGUUUGAUACCCAUAUUGCCCCAACUCUUAUGGUUCCCCAAAUGUCCCCUUAUCGGAACAUCCCCGGGGCCUCCGGCCACUCCAGGUAGUGGCCACUACUGUCAAAAUGUAAAAUUUAAUGUCCAGUAUCAAAAUCCUUAUUGUUUGAUACCCAUAUUGCCCCAACUUUUAUG